AUGCUAGAGACUGACACACUGACCCGCCCAACUCAGAUGACUAAAUCUAACCUAAAUGAAGCUCUAAAUGCCCUAUCUACAAAACUUGUUACUACUUGGAAACAUACAGCGAAUUCCCUCCAUAAGGACAUCCAAGAACUUGGAAAGCAGUUAUCCCAUAUGGAGGAUAAGUGUGACGAAUUAUCCACGGUACAAAAUGAUUUAGCAACAAAUGUUGAACACCAGGCGACCAAACUGGAUAUUAUGGAAUCUAAACUAGCCGAUAUAGAAGACCGGGUGUGCAGGAACAAUCUCAGGCUGAGAGGGGCCCAGGAGGACGUCUUGCCGGUGAGCUUACCUGCAUAUGUCAGGGGCCUCUUCCACGCCUAUGUGCCAGAGAUUCCAGUGGACAUACUGCUCAUCGAUCGAGUACACCGCAUACCAAAGCCGCAACAUCUUCUUGCCUCCCUGCCACGAGAUGUGCUGCUUUGCGCUCAUUACUUUCUUUUUUUAUUUUACAAAGCUUUUGAUAGGCUGCACUGGGGAUUCCUCACAACAGUUGUAUGA